AUGAAGCGUCCACGCAAACCAGCACCAGGGGAGUGCUGUGGAAGCGGUUGCACCCGCUGUGUGUGGGAUACCUACUACGAUGAGCUCGCCAGAUUUGAGGAGUUCAUAGCAGGUGGGGGUGACGAAGAGGAGGGCACGCAAUCCUCAGAAGAGGAAGAAAUUGUUAAUUAUAUCGGUACGGUUGUGGUGAAGUACAUUGAUCCACCAACUUCGUCAGUUUCAACCACAAGGUUUCCCGAUGAGUGGGAGAGAGCCGAGAUGAAAGCACGGGGGUUCUUUCCCAUUGACAGAAUCGAGCUAGUGAGCUGUAGCACACCUUCGUUUUCUCCAGCUGAUCCUGGCAUCAGCAUUAUCAACCUCUUUACAUCUGCAAAAGGCAAGGCAAUGCUACCGGGUGAUGUAGUGGAGGUGCUUGUGACUAACAGUCACGGUACACAGGAUGCCAAUGAUGUUGAAAGACUGUGCAAGGCGCUUCACCUGGAUCCAUGUGCAUGGUGUGAGCUACAUCGCUCGCCGUUUGUGCCGGAAGACAACUUUCCCCCAUGGCUUCCUUUGCAAAAGCCACUGAUGCUUGGGCAGCUUCUUUCUGUCUAUGUCGAUAUAAGUAGUAGUAGCUACCUGUUGCAACAUAGCUUUUUUGCGAGUCUUUUGCGAGUUUACAACGACUCCAAGUCUUCCUCUGCAUCUUCGACUUCAACCACCCCGUCACCCGACCCAGAGAAGGUACGACUUCUUGAGGCUUGUGCGUUUUCUGAGAUAGGUCCCCAGCUUCUGCGCUCACUGUCAAGAAGCAACGCACCGCUUUGCUACCCUUCUCUUGUCGACGUACUUGAAGCCUUUUCCUUUGUCAAUAUUCCACUUGACCGUGUCCUUGAGAUCAGUGGACCGCUCCAGACACGCAAGUAUAGCCUGGCAAACUGGAUUCCUGCAACAUUUCCGCCAAGUCCACUUCAGCUGUGUAUGAGGGAGGUGUGCGCUCAACGCUCUGCAAAUGUGCCUGCUGCUACCACCGUCAGUGCAGACGCUCUGCAGGUUGCAGACAUGUUCAACAGGGUUGCUCAGGAAGCCUCCGGGGACGACAGCAACUUCUUUUUUGGACACACGUCUCAUCCACUCUGUUGUGCAGCGCGCUCUAUGACAAGGAAUCCAGCUGCCUCGAGUCCCAGAGGCGUGUAUAUCAGCUUUUCUCUGUUUGGAAACUCUCUGUUUGCUCAGCAGCUCCAGGCUGGAUGCACAGCUCUGUGCAACCCUGCUCACACCAAGAGCUUACACAGCGGACUUUUCCUUAUCGGGUGUGGUACAGGGAUUGCUCCUUUAAUUGCAGCUGUCACGCAGCUGAUGCUUCGUCGCGCCUCUUCAGUGGCUGGGAGUGCCCCCUUUUCGUGUUGGGUGUUCUACGGAGUGCGCUCAAAGGCGGAGCUGUUGUAUGAUGAAACCCUCAAAGAAGCAUUGCGAACAGGAGCGAUUGCCAAGUACGAGUAUGCUCUUUCGCGGGAGGACGACAGAGGGAAGCACGGCAUGUAUGUGACGGACCUUGUGAAGCGGAACCGUCUAAUGGUCACGGAUGCCCUGCAAAGCGCGGGCCAGGUAUUCGUCUGUGGUCCGGCAAAGGCUCUUCAAUCUGUCCGGGAGCUGGUCAAAUGCGACCUGCUCGCCGAGCCAGACGAUGAUGACAGUGUGCAGGAGCAACGGCUGUUGCUUCUGGAGGAUCAAGGGCGGUUGAACUUCAACAUAUGGAGCACUGGAAACAUAUUUGAGUGA